AUGAGUCGAUAUCUCACCCCAUCAAAGGUUGCUCUACUAUGCCUCAUCCAAGUCUAUACUGAAGGCGUGGUCCCGAACUCGUCUGCAAUCCAUGUCCUCUCGUUUGUGGUCGCUUAUCUCAGUCCCAUGGGCGGAGAGGAUGGACCUUCUUCUUCGGACGAUUGGGUUGCUCAGUAUUCAGUGACCAUCGAGGAUUUGGAACAGGCACUGGUAACAAGUCCAUCGUCUGUGCCUGGAAGAUCUGUUUGGGACUUGUUUCUCCGAAAAAUAUGGUCGAUCGACUCCUGUGACGCGUUGGAAGUGUUCUUCACAGAGAUAUCUACCAUACUUGCGAAGACCCGUGAAGAGCAGAUUAGAGACAGAGAUGCCGGCAUCAUUCCAGAGUCUGAUUGUAUGCGCCUCGCUCGAUGUUCGCCCCUAGGCGCGUUCGUAAGAAGAGCCCAACUGGAAUUCACAAGGUUGCAGUUUCACGACUCUGUAAAUCUAUGGAAAGGCUUUGUCAAAUAUCGCCUUCCGACAUACCGAGCCUGGGCGCGCAAAAACCCUUCCGACGAGCAGGCUUCUGUGGACAUCAAUUUAUUGGAACUGGGCCUCGGUACAAGCAGUCAUCUUUGUCAGGUAGCAUACGGGAACAUCGAAGAAGAUGAUGAAGACGAUCGCUAUGUCAGUACGAAGGAAGUUGAAAGGCUCCUCGAAUUUCAGAUCAACGAAUUGCAAAGAUUUGGUGGGAGAGUCCCAGAAGGAAUGAAAGCACAACUGGAGCGCAUUAUUGCAUCUGGUGUGACUUUGCCUAAUCUGAUACACUAUUUAAGGGCAGGGGAUUACCCGUCAUCUUUUGACAACCUUCAUCGCUACUUCGAUUACACGAUGCAUAGUCGAGACAAAGGGACCUAUCAAUAUGCGCUUCUAAAUCUUGCAAUACUACAAGCAGACUUCGGGUGUUAUGGAGAAGCCGUGUCUGCGAUGCAAGAAGCCGUCUCAAUCGCUCGGGAAUCCCAUGAUAUGAACUGCCUGAACUUCUGCAUGAGCUGGCUGUAUCAUUUUGGAAAAGCCUUUCCAGAACUCAUCAAAGAUGUUGAAAAUACUGGUAUGCUAGGUAAUGAAAAAGAAGGGCUAUCGUUCCUCAAAGCGAAGGCAAAAGAAACAGAGAUGUGGAGCUUAUUGAGUACUACCCUCCUGAGCGAAGCAAAACUCGAACUACAGAAUGGAGAGAGUCUCGCGUCGUCGAUCGAGAACGUUGUGCGCGCGUCACAUUUAAAUGUCACAAAGAACCUGGUGAAUUCAAUGGGGCCGCAGCUCCUACUUCAAACCGCACUAUACUCUAGAAUAGGAGUCACCCAUUUUGCCUGGCUGAGUAGCGAGGUAUUCCGCCAAUGCUACCGGAACAGCGCGCCUUUUGAAGACUAUUUGAAGAGCACAUUCCGAAGCUGCCAACUCCUAGCGCAACAAGGCCGCUAUAGCGAGGUUUCUGCCCACAUGACUGCAAUGAGCCCUGAAAGAUUUCGGUCAUUGAAAACGAGCCAAUAUUGGGCGUUUUUCUCGGGUGUACUUCAGCUUAAACGUAAAAUCUACAAUGACGACCAAGUAGCAGCAGGCUAUCUGCUGUCACAGCUCCAGGCAAUCGAUCUUCCUGACAGCGAUUUGUCAUUCCUAUUGUCCUUCUUAUCCGUUGAAUUUAUGAUCCGCCAAGCCAACUAUGCGCAGGCGUUGGACCUUAUUGAAAAGACUGCGCAGUCAAUUCACCAGGACAACUUCGAUAUCCAGCCCCAAGUCAAACUACUAUGUCUCAAGGCUCGCAUAUUUGAGAAAACAGGCCAGCCUGAACGGGGAUUCUCCUUGGCCAUGAGGGCUGCGAGCAUUGCCUAUCGCUCGAAACUGCUCCCCGGCCUCUGGGAGGCUAUCUGUGCAUUGGCAAAUGUUCUUUUGAGUCUCAAGGAGUUUGACGCUGCCUCAGUUAUGAUAGAGAGCAUCAUGCCUCAAAUUCUGGAGUCAAGCGAUUGUGAUCUCGCGGCUUCCGCGUACUCCCUCCUAGUAGAUGCCAAUAUGGGUAUCGCCGGCAAACUCUGGAGUGAAGGAAAGAAUACGCCCACCAAGAAAGAAUACAUGAACCGGGCCCUGGGUUACCUUGAUUGUGCCUACGACCAAUAUGAGGAAAUUGAGGAUAUCAGAGGGCAGUGUGAGAUGAUGGCUAAGAAAGCUACGGUGAUGCAUCUAACAGGCGAUUCGGUUCUUGCCAACGAUUAUGCCGCGAAGUACCUAGACCUACAAAAGCAGAAGGCAUCGCAGUAA